GGCCCCCAAGCCCGGGCCUCGGGUCAACGCGACUGGCCGGCCAUUGUAGCUGGGACACUUCGGUAUGGAGGAAGAGUAUGAAAAUGAAGGUGAGGAAGAAACAGAACUGGACCCUGAACAAGAAGUAAAAAUAAGUAUGGAAGAACAUGAGUAUGAGGAGCUAGGCAUGGAAAGUGAUGUUGGGAUUCCAGGUGAAGAUGACUCUGAAAUUACACGGGAGGAAAAUGAAGUAGUUGUUGAUUCUACUGGUCUAAAAGGUCUGAGCUAUCCUGAGAGGGUGCAGGUCCGAAAACGCCAGAAAAAUCUGAAGGAGCUUGAGAUAGCCCUUCAGGAAAAGGAUUUUAAAGUUCAAAAAAUUAGAGAAGAAUUAAAAGAAUGUUACAAGAGGAAAGAAACUUUGGAGAAAGAGAAGGAGAAAGUGGAACAAGAUAUUCAAGAGCAGCAAACUGCCAACAACAGUGCUGCUUUGUUUCGCCUCCGGGCACAACACAGACGGCUAUGUGAAGAGCUUCAAGGGGAAGAAGACCUUCAAUCAAAAAUUUCUUUGACAUUGCAAGAGAAUGAAUGUGAUCUAUUUAAAGUUGAACUUGAACAAGCAAAAUUGAUGCGAUUCCUUGAAGAACAUAAGAAGGACGAAGAGGAAUAUGAGAUGCAACGCUUAGCAGAGGCAAAACGAAGAUUGGAAGCUGAAGAGGCAGUUAUUUUACAAGCAGGAAAAAGGAAGCCAAUGAAAGAUGUUGAAAAACAAAAGCAGGAACAUAGAAAAGCAAUUGAAGGUGCUAAAAAAUACAAUCAAAAAUCAAUACAGUACCUGAAAGAAUCUGUGGCCAGAGCUCGUCAAGAACAAGCUGAUGAAGAGCUAAAGAUAAGAGAGGAUCUGGAGAAGAAGAUGCAAAUCAUAUUGUCAUUGAAGAAAAACAUUGCAAUGAGCCGAGAAAGCCUACGAGCAAUACAGGCGAAGAAAGCAGCUCAAGCUGCAGCGGAAAAACAAAAGAAGAAAAUAAGAGAACCUAUGGACUCAGAAAGUGAAAAUUUCAUAAAACAUAUGCUCCACCAAAAGCGCCUGAAGGAAUUUGAGAAAAAGAAACAGGCAUUUACAGAAGAGCAGAAAAAUUUGAAGGCGGAAAUUAUGGCUAAGAUCCUUAGGGAAGAAUACAAUAUGGAAAAGAAGAAAAGGGUCAAUCCUGCACUAUUUCCAGAAACUCUAAAGAGCCAAGAUAAAACUACAGAGGUGCGGAAACUAAGUAAAAAACUGCUGCAAUAUAUAGACAACGCCUCUGAAGACAAGAGAGUUAUAAAUACCAAUGAACAAGAAUGGAGAUCCCCAUCACAAACAUCGGAUGAAGAAACCGUGACGGAACAAAUCCAAAAUAAUUUUACACAGGAUGUCAGUGACCAUGAGGAAGAAGAAAGUCUUAAUCUGCCUGAAUUUUCAGGGCUUUGGGAUAAGAAGCAUAAACUCAGCAAGGAUGAGACUGUCAGCAAACAUUUAGGAGCGGGUACUAGUAAAAUGGAACAAGAGAUUUUGGUACGACAGUUGGAAAAGCAAAGAAGUGGGAUCGUCCAAAAACAAGUAGCAGCUGGUCGGGAAUUCAAAGGCUGCCCUUUCUACAGCAAGCCAGAUAUUAUUCACUUCCAGAACUUUGAUGUUGGGCAAACAUACAAGCAAAGGGCAAAGCUGAUAAAUGCUUCAUACGGUAUCACUUUCUGCAGGCUGAUUGCCAUCAGUGAUUGCUUGAAAGACUUCAUUGAGGUUGAAUUCAAGCCUCCAGGUCAAAUUUCAGCUGGUAUGUCUUGUGAGGUGGCAGUGACUUUCACACCUCUGGUUAAUGAAGAUUUUGAAGGAGAGAUAAUGUUUCGGACUCAUAUUGGUUCCUUUGCUGUUCCUCUUAAAUGUACAAUUAAAAAAUGUGAUCUCGUUGUGGAUAAGCAAACUGUUGACUUUGGCUGCCAUAUUAUUGGUGAAACAAUUACACGGAACAUCACUUUGACCAAUCGUGGAGCACUGAGCACAUAUUUUCAGUUUCUGAAACUUCACCCCAAACGAACAUCAACCGGAGAGGAAUUAAAUGGAUUGUUUAUUUCAGCUGAAAAAGAUUUAUUUGAUAUUGAACAACAAAUUCACAGUGAGAUCAAUGUUGGCAAGAUCACAGCGGAUGAAAUUCGUCCAUUUACUUCUAUCAAGUUGCCAAUCAUCUUUGUAUCUUUAAUCCCUGGUGAAGUACACACAGGUUUUGAGAUAACGUUUUCUGAUCCAACAUCCGAAAAUAUAUUCAUUCAGGCUCGAGCAAAGGCCAUUGAAACACCAGUCUGGUUAUCAAAUCCUAACAUUGACUUGAAAAUCUGCAUGUAUGACCGGCUUUACCAAGACUCCAUUUGUGCUCACAGUAGGGCAAGCACAGCACUCCAGUUAAAGUUUGAAGUGUGCAAAGAGUUGAGAAAUCACUUGGAACUGCUACCAAAAACUGGUUAUAUUCAAGCACAUUCCAAUUUUAGUUUUCAACUCAAAUUUCUGCCCAGGCAAUCUUUAUCAGAAGAUGCUAAACAAUACUUUAACAAGGAAACAAGAGUGCUAGAGGCUCCAAUGAAUAUAUUGGUGGCAAAUCAGACUAGAACAAUUCCUUUCACUGUUCACGCCAUAGUCACCAGCUCAGACUUAGAGAUUGAUCAUCAAAUGAUUGACUUUGGUUAUUGCUCAAUCUAUGAGUCUGUGUGGACUACCAUCAAGCUCACAAACAAAUCAAUCCUGAGCCAGGAAUAUGGAUUUAUUGACAUUCCAGAGUUUGUGGAUGUGCAACCUAAUGAUGGCUUUGGUGUACUUUUACCUCUGGAGACUCUGAAUAUGAACAUUUUUUUCAAAGCCAAACAAGCCCAAGAGUACGCCUUUGAGCUAAUUUGCAAGUCUGAAAUCAACAGGGAAUUCAAGAUUUCCUGUAAAGCUGUUGGUGUCUUCCCUCCGCUGAAGUUAUCCCAUUCAGUGAUUCACUUUGCUGCUACAGCUUUGAAUGAUACAUCUACAGUGACUCUGUAUGUGGAGAAUGCACACUCCAGCCAAAAUGAAUUUACUCACCUUGUGCCAAGGAUCGGAAAAGAAGAAAUUGCUCCUGUUGGGCCAACAUUGUUUGAAUUUAUCAUCCCGGAAUAUCCUUAUUUAACUAUUACACCUGCUGUUGGAAUUGUAAUGCCAGGAGAGAAGUGUAAGGUGCACUUGACAUUUAAACCAACACUACCGGACCUGCUGGUGCAAGAAGAAGCUGUACGAAUGUUGUGCCGAGCUGCAGAAACUGAGAAGAUUUUGAAGAAAUGGGAGCCUGUCAGCACAUCAAAAUCAGAAAAUUUAUCUAUCAAAAAGAAAACACAGCCGAAACAAAAAGAUAUAAACCAACAUAGUUCAAGCCUUUCUAAGCUGCCAGUUAAGAAAAAGAGCAGUGAAAGUGACAGCUCCUUGUUUGAACCUCGCAAUCCACUAGACAUUCCACUUGAUUCUGAUGAAUACAGUGCAGCUCUUACUUCAUUGCUGAAGAAUUUCAGGGAAGUGUUUCAUUCACUUGUCAUUCCCUGUUUUGUUACACCUCAGACAACAGACCAUAAAGGGUCAGGUUACAACCCAUACAGCAUCUACAACACCCUAUACCUGCAGGUUAAUUGCCCUACAGUUGCCCCACCAAUGGUACUCAUUUCUGGUAACAUACAGAAUAUGGUGGACUUUGGAGCGAUUGCACUGAAAUCAUCUGUUCUGGAUCCUGGUGGACCUUUUGAGCUGUUAAAUUCUCUUCGAUCCCUUCAACCAGGAGCAACUCACAAUCUCAUUUUUUCCUUCACACCAACAAAGAACAAAACGCCUGGUGUCACCAGCACAGCAACCAGACAUUUAGCCCAGGAGGAAGUACCAGGGCAAGAUUUCCACCUCCAGAGUCCCAUAUCCCGGGGAAGGCCUGCAGCUGCCCAGUUAAGUGCCCAAUUGGCACAUAAUCUGGCAGACAUCCCGGAAAGGAGGUAA